AUGAGAUCUACUGUUACGUCAGGGUGGACCCUGCUAUCAAGAGCAGUGUCUCAUAGUGUUUCUCGGCGAUACUCGUUGCUUCCUGAGAAGAAAAUCACCUUAGAAAAGUUUGAGUUCCCUUCAGCAACACAUACCAUAGCUGGUGUGACUCGUGAUCUAGACAACUAUUUAGACAACCAGGAUGCUAAGAUCAUACUUAAUGGACAUAUGAAUAGAAAGCCAAAGAAGAUUUCCAAGCUAGGCUUUGCAGAAUUAAGAGAUGGGUCAGGUGACGGACAAGUUGUUCAGUUGAUGAUGAGUCCAGAAACAACUGAUGAAAAGUAUCUUGAGUUGUUGAAGACAAGCAAGCCCGAGGACUCUGUUGCUGUGAUUGGAUAUGCCCGAGAAAAGCAAACAAAAGGCAAUGACUUUGAAUCUAAAGAGAAGCAAUGGGAAUUGGUUGUUGAAAAGUAUCAAGUGUUGAAUCCAUCAACGUUAGAAGCCAGUAGAUUAGACUAUUUGAAACAUACCAAUCCCGAGGAUAUCCCACCACAUUUGCGAUACUUACAAUUGAGAACUCCCUUCUAUCAAAAGACAUUAAGAACGAGAAGCAAAGUGGCCCAGCUUGUUCGGAACACCUUAAUUGAUGACCAUGAGUUUGUGGAGAUAGAGACCCCUUUACUCUUCAAGUCAACUCCAGAGGGAGCCAGAGAGUUCUUAGUACCCACAAGAACUCCCGAGAGGUUCUAUGCCUUACCCCAGUCGCCCCAACAAUAUAAGCAGAUUCUUAUGAGUUCUGGGUUCACCAAGUAUUUCCAAAUUGCUAGAUGUUUCAGAGACGAAGACUUGAGAGCCGAUAGACAACCUGAAUUCACUCAGAUCGAUUUGGAAAUGAGUUUCAUUAACAACAAGGAUCAGAUUUGCCGUGUAGUAGAGGAUAUUGUCAAUAGGAUUUGGAACGAAAUUGGUGGAUUGAAGAUGUAUACACUCAACGACAAUGGUGAGAUGGAACAAGUGUCGAAGAAUGAUAAGCUUAGGUUUUCCCAGUUAAGUUAUAUUGAUGCUUUGACCAAUUAUGGAAUUGAUAAACCUGAUUUGCGGUAUCAGCUUAAGUUCCAUGAUCUUUCCAAACACUUUGAACCAAUGAAUCACUCAGCUGAGUUCCCCAUUGUUGAAGCAUGCAUCCUCAGAGGAGCCUUUGAUCCCACUAUCAAGAAACCUAAGAUCCCCAAGGCUUUAUCUGACCACGAUAGUUAUACUCGGAGAGCUGCUGUUGUUAUUCCCAUUACCAAUGAUUAUGAAGCUAAAAACUGGUUCAAGGGACUCUUGAAGAAGGAAUGGUUCAAGUUCAAACUACAAACAAGUCACAAUGAGACUGAAUUAUUGAAAGAAUUGGAUUUGAAACCUGGUGAUAUUAUUGCUUUGGCUACGAGAGCAGAGUUCCCCUAUGAGAACCCAACUCCCUUAGGAAGAUUCCGACAACUAGCCAUUCAAAACUAUCCUACCAAAUGGUUAACACCAAUAAGAAGAAGAGCAGGUGGAGAUAAACACGAAAUCUCAACAGACUAUGACCCUAGCAAAGUGUUUAUUGGUACAUGGGUCGUAGACUUUCCCUUGUUUAGUCCAGUGGAGAUUAAUGAUCUGACAGAGGAGUUCCCCCAGUACUCAGCCACAGCUCUUGAGUCCACACAUCAUCCAUUCACUAUGGCCAAAACAGAGGACUACGAUUAUCUUGAAUCAAACCCGAAGAAAGUCCAUGGUGAACAUUACGAUUUGGUUAUCAAUGGCGUUGAAGUUGGCGGUGGGUCCAGAAGAAUUCAUGAUUUUAACCUUCAACAAUAUGUCUUUGAAAACAUUCUUGGGAUUACCAACUACGAUGCUUUAUUUGGACAUUUGUUGAAGGCUUUAAGUAUGGGAUGUCCACCACAUGCUGGACUUGCCUUAGGCUUUGAUAGACUCUGUGCCAUGCUAGUUGGUUCCAGUAGUAUUAGAGAUGUGAUAGCAUUUCCUAAGAAUCAAAAAGGUGUUGAUCCCGUGAUAGGGUCUCCAUCUGAUGUGCCUGAUUCCUCCUUGAGUUUAUACUACAUCAAGAAGGAUAAAGAGAACAAUUGA